GGGUGUCAUAAAAAGCAACUAAAGGAUUGACGGGAGACAACAGUGUUAUCUGAGUAUACUAUACUAUGUAUAUAAUACCCGCGUAGGGCGGUCACGAACUGGAAUAAAUGGUAGGGCGUAUCGUAAGCCAGCACGGUCAGCUAUACGUCGAAGAACACGAAAAUGUCAGCAUUCUUUAUGCGGAUGUCGUUAAUUACACAAUGAUAUCAACAAGUUUGUCUCCCAUGAGAAUGGUGGAAUUACUGAACGAGCUUUUCGUAAGAUUUGACGAGGCUUCAGAGGAAUACGAUGUACUACAAAUAAAAUUCCUUGGCGACUGUUACUACUGCGUCAGUGGGAUUCCAAAGCCUUCUGUUUAUCAUGCGAAAAACUGCGUUGAUUUAGGACUGGAAAUGAUUCAUAUCAUCAAAGAUGUCAGAGAAAAACGCUCCUUAAACAUAGAUAUGAGGAUAGGUGUACAUUCCGGGAGAAUUCUGAGUGGCUUAAUAGGUAUCAGAAAAUGGCAAUACGAUGUUUGGUCAAAAGACGUUACCAUAGCAAACAAAAUGGAAUCCACCGGAAAAGCUGGAAAAGUUCACGUAACCAAGCAAACGCUAGAACUCCUUAUAGAUUUUGCAAGAGAAUAUAUUAUUGAACCAAAUUUUGAAUCUCAAAAUGAUCCUUUCAUCACAAAAAAUAAAUUGGAAACCUUUCUUCUGUCACGACCAGCCAGACCUCCAGAAUACAAACCCUUCCGUAGAGCAUCCGUUGGAUUUAACAAGAUAAUUACAACUAAAACUUCAACGUCUAGACGAUCGGAUAACAGAAAUUCAACGAGACGAACAACAACGUUCAUGGACGAGAACUUGGUGGAAUAUCAGCAAAUGUUGAAGGCUGCUGACGCGCAGAUGGCGAAGGAGAUCGAAGAAAUGACAAAGGGAAAAGAAUUUUUCAAGAAAGAAUCAAACUUGAACCGAUGUUCGCUAAUGUUCAAAGACUUCCGUCUUGAAAAAAUGUUCCUUUUGCUGUCGGACCCUCUAUUUAAAUAUUACAUAACAUGCUGUCUUAUUAUUUUAUGCUUGAUUUUAUUGAUCAAUGGAUUAACUACAAAUUGGCUUUAUGAUUUCCAUUGGGUUACUUGGCUGCUUUUUGGAUUCCUUGUUAUCGGACUAAUUAUAAUGCAACCCUUCACGUGGUUCCACUUUUUAUGGACAAAAUACAAAGGAAUCGAUGAACCGAAAAACAAAUAUUUGCGAUAUAUAUAUGACAUUUCUUCAAAUAUAAUAAGAUCUGCUAAAAUAAGAACAAUAAUGUAUUUAUUGAUAAGUCUAGGUCUGGCUGCGACUUCAGUAAUUACAGUUGUUGGAUGUUCUGUUGUAGAAGUAGAAUUAGUGGAUGCUGAAUCAGUAUUAUCCAAUUGUGUAUCAUCAUGGCACGUCACACAAUCUUGGGGGCUGGCGCUCCUGUUGAAUUUCCUAUUCAGCAGAGUUUUUUUCAUAUUUAAGUGGAUCGUUGCGGGUGGAAUGACAGUGUUCUACCUAUGGGUUGUUUGGGAAAUCAAAACCUCUUUUUUUGCUGAAGAUGCAACAUGGAAUGUUGGAUUAGAUCCAAGAAUAUCUCAUACUCUCUCAGUUGUAUUCAUUACAAUUACUUUAUAUUUUAUCGAUAGAACCACUGAACACAGAAACCGAUUAGACCAUUUAUGGCAAUUGCAAUUAAGUGAGGAGCAACAAGAAGCUGAAACUAUGCUUAAAGUUAAUAAUAUGCUUUUGGAGAAUAUUUUACCUGCUCAUGUAGUUCAGGUGUACUUAAAUUUGAAUAGGUCAAUAGACGAGUUGUAUUAUGAAAAGUAUGACAAUGUGGCAGUAAUGUUCGCCUCCCUCACUGACUACAAACUGGGCCUAGAAGGUGACGCAGAUAUGAGUGAUAAAUUUGUGUUAAGCAUAUUAGAUGAAGUAAUUUCAGAUUUCGACCGGUUGCUCCUAACAGGAACAUCGGCUCAUAGAGUUGAAAAAAUUAAAAUGGCAGGUUGGACUUAUAUGGCUGCAUGCGGAUUAGAUCCAAAUAGACGCGAAUCACCAGAUGCUAUGUCUCGAACCAUGGUUGAAUUCGCUGCAGCUAUGAUGAUGCAACUUCAAAAUUUUAAUCGAGGGUCGUUUCAAAGCUUUGAAGGACUCAAUUUAAGAAUAGGUAUCUGACACGGUGAAGUAGCAGCGGGUGUGGUGGGGUCUUUAAAGCCGCUUUAUGAUAUUUGGGGACAUGCAGUAAACAUGGCUUCAAGAAUGGAUUCGACUGGACAAACUGGUAAAAUUCAAGUUACCGAAAAUACAGCAAUAUUACUGGACGAAUGUGACAUUCUUACGACUUACCGAGGAGAGACUUUCGUCAAGGGAGCAGGAUACAUCAAAACAUAUUAUGUUCCACUUGAUGAAAAUUUCAAUUUAAUAAAAAAGGAUCAAAGUCUACAUUACUAUAGAUUAGAAGAUAGGAACCGUUAUUAUAACCUUAGGAAUACGAACUUUGUAGAACCUUAUUCAGAUAAUGACAAUAUUGAAUCAGAAACUUGGGAUUCCACUUUUAGUGUUAGAGAUCUUAGUAUUCUUAGUGACAAUUCUAGUGUUGAAUUGAACGAUAUUUCAAGAAGAAGCUCUUCUACUAAAGAUGACGAAAUAAUUGAAACUCGAUGUUGAUCUAUGUUUUUUCUAAUUUGUAUUAUAUACAACAUGUAAGAUUCAUAAGCAAACAUGUUCAUGGAAAUAAUGGCUUCGUCUGUGAACGGUCAGCCUUACACCACAAUCUCUUGUCCCGGGUGUCAUAAAAAACAACUAAAGGAUUGACGGGAGUGUUAUCUGAGUAUACUAUACUAUGUAUAAUACCCGCGUAGGGCGGUCACGAACUGGAAUAAAUGGUAGGGCGUAUCGUAAGCCAGCACGGGUGGGUAUCACCAUCCUGUCGAUUUUUACCUCAAAGUUAUCCCAUUCCAACAAUGGGAGAACCAUUAUAAAAUAUAUUUGAGACUUCGAUCAUGUCUCAAGGUGUGUGACGACAUUCUAAGCUUAUAUGAGCUCCAAUAACAACUUGAAACUAGGUGGGCCGUGAGCCUGUUCAACUAUACGCGCAUGAAAAAAAUUAUAGUUAAAAAAAAUUAAUAAGUAUGCGCAAAAAAAAAUUACGCUUAUCAAGUAAUUAGAUUCUAACCCAAUUAGAGUAUGCUUAACAACUAAAAUAAAAUAAUUGAUAUGAAA